AUGAAAACAAAAUUCGAUGAUGUAAACGAAACAAUUGUUUAUUUAUCUAGUAAACAUGGAGUUCUUAAAGAAUUUUUAACACGUUAUGAAAAUGAUCGUCUUAGAGUAUAUCCUCCAACUCGUAGUACUGAUAAACUUCAACGAUGUGUAUUUGAAAUUGAUUUAAAUAAUGUACUUGCUAUAUGUAAUCAAUCAGUCAAUUCUGUUUCAUUAAAAUGUCGUUUAACUAAUACACCUGUUAUAAAUAUAAAUAGUCAAUCUACAAUAAUUGUUGAUGAUCAAACAUCAUCCAUCAAUGAAUAUGUAUGGGUUUUUCCAAAUGAUCUUGAACGUUCUUUAUGGAUACGUGAAAUAAUUAAACGACAAUAUUGUUAUUAUCAAUUAAUAUAUUCAGAUUUUAUUCUAUUAAUGAAAUUAAAUAUUCAAGAAGGAAUAAAUGCUGAAAAACAACAAGUUAUAGCAAUUGUUUAUUCAGGACGUUUUGUUAUUUGUUCGGAUACAAUAUUUGAUGAAGUUAAUUUAAGAAAAUAUUCUAGUUUAAAUUAUCAAAAAACAAAAGAAUUUACAGGUGUUGUUCUUUGUCUUGUUUCAAAUCGUUUUCUUUAUUUAUCAUCACCUAUUAUAAAAUUAAUGGAUAUGUUAUAUACAUGUCUUCGUCAAGCAAUUAAAGUUAAAACAUUAACAAAUUUAAAUGAACAAAUAUUAACAUCACAAAAUAUACCAGUUAUUGUUGAAAGAUUUAUUAAUUUUCUUUUUGAACAUGGUUUACUAUCGAAAGGUGUAUAUCGUCAAGCAGGACAAGAAAGUAAAAUCAAACAAUUAUUAAAUGAAUGUCUUGAAGAUCCAUUUACUGCUACAUUAACAAUUGAAAAUUAUACUGAACACGAUGUUGCUAAUGCGUUAAAACGUUUUCUUCGUCAAUUAGAUAUACCAUUAAUUGGUACACUUGAAAACUAUCAUGCAUGGUUACGUUCAACAGUUGAUAAUACAAUAACAAAUGAACAAUUAAUACAAUAUUAUCGUGCAUUACUUAAAGAUUUAAAAAAGAAUUUUCCAAUACAUUAUUUAACAUUAAGAACAAUGUUAAUGCAUAUCCAUACUGUUGCCAUGUUAUCGGAAAUAAACGGUAUGACUUUAUCGAAUCUUAUUGCAACAUUUGCACCAUGUCUUAUAUCACAAGCGACAUUAGCAUCGAGUAAUUCGAAUAAUGAAACGGAUGAUGAUCGUCAAAUAUCAUUAGAUGAUAUGGAUAUAAAACGUUUUGGAAAUCAAAAUGAACUUAUUCAACAAGGCUUAUCAAAUCUUACUGCUAGUCCAUCAUUGGCAAAACUUAAACGAAACCGAUCUUUUCAUAGUUCUCGUGAGUCUUUGUCAUCGAUUUCAACAUUAUCUCAAUUUCAAUUAUCACCAGCUUAUAUUCAUGUUGCUCCAUCUAUUCAAGCAAAUUUUGAAAUAAUGAGUAAUCUUUGUAAAUUUUUUCGUGAAUUAUUUGAUGUAACUGAUGAUGAAUUUGAACAUGAACGAACAUGUAUAGAAAUAUUAAUAUCCAUGCGUAAUAAUCCAUCUAUUCCACGUAAAUUAGAUGGUGCAUUGGUUUCCGUUUACUUUGAAUCUCGUGCUGAUGAAUUUAAUGGUUAUGCAAUGUAUAUUUUUGAAAAAGAAACAACAGCUGAUAUAAUUAUUGAUAAAUUAUUAAAACAAAUUGAUAAACAUGAUUGUUUCUUUUGGACUUUAUUUGAAGUAAUUCUUGAUCAAAAUCUUGAACGACCAAUGUAUUCAUGCGAAAAUAUAUCAGAAGUUUUAUAUCGUUAUCGAACAUAUUUAUCACAUGAAUUAAAUCUCCAUGCAACAUUUGUUGUUAAACUUAAUUAUAUUCAAUUUGAAAAAGAACGUUUACAACAACGACAACAAGUUUUUAAUAAUCAAACAGUUCAAUGUGAAUAUUUUGAUUUAUUAAAUGAAAGAUGGACACCAUGUGUAUGGAUAUUUGAAAGAGCAAUUUUAGAUAAUAGGACAAAUGAAUUAGAUUUAUCAGCUAGGAAUAGUAAUAAAUCCGAUUGCUUAUAG